AUGUUAACAUGUGCUGUAAGAGGAUGUUUCAAAAGAGGGCGGUACCAGAAGAACUGUACCUACGUCCACGCCGUCCGCAAAUUAGCCAAUCUUUUCUUCAAGCGUUUCGUCACCAUGUGGCAAUAUAUAGACUUCCUCUAUUACAAAAGCCCAGACGGUAAAAACUUCCGGAAAUUCCUUAAGGUUGCGCUUGACUUCUCCAGACAGGUGAUCGUUAAGAGGCAAGCAAAGAGAGGACAAGAGAGGGUGUUUCGUGAUCUCUUGGAUAUUUUAAUAGACGCCCGGGAUGAUGACGGACAAGGCCUGAGCGAGGAAGAGAUUCAGAACGAAGUAAACACAUUCAUGUUUGGCGGGUACGAAACGACCAGCACGGCAGCCACGUGGGCCAUCUACUGCUUGGCCCAGUAUCCGGACUACCAGGACAUCUGCAGGAAGGAGGUUGACGAUCUGAUGAAUGCAAAGGGCACUGACGAACUUGACUGGACUGAUAUGAGUUCAUUGCCUUUCUUGACCAUGUGCAUCAAGGAGAGCCAGCGACUUUAUCCCACUGUGCCCUUCGUAUUCAGACGCCUUACGGAGCCACUGGUCCUCAGCGACGGGAGAGUCAUCCCAACAGAUACUACGGUGUAUAUUUCGAUGAGCGGACUGCAUCUGAACCCUACGGUAUGGGACAGUCCGCAGGUGUUCAGCCCCGAGCGGUUCUCCCCGGAGAAUUGCGUCAAUCGCUCCCCUCAUGCCUUCCUACCGUUCUCUGCUGGACCAAGGAACUGUCUCGGACAGCAAUUCGCCGUCUUCGAGCUGAAGACGACCUUUGCCCUCCUGCUACGCCAUUUUGUUUUCGAAGCAGACGAGAGUAAGAAAAUCAAACUUGUCAACGCUGGAACUCUCCGGAGUGAGACGGGGAUUCAUGUUCUGAUGAAACCUAGAAAGCUGGAUGGGAAAGCUGCCUAAAGUAUAAAUCAGGUGUAGUAAUAGCACACGUGGUUCUUGCUUCUGAUGUUGUGUUUAAUUUUGGAAAUCUCCAAACAUAAUAUGAAUCAUGAUGUUGUAAUACUGGGAGACUUUGAGAUGCUGGUGGCAGCAGACACAAACGGUCCUUUUUUGCGGCUCUGAGCUGCGCGCACCUUUAUGGAGAAAUUUCGACAACGUUGCCAUUUCUACACCUUAUAAUAUUGUAAUACAAACAAGGAGAAGUUUGCGGAAGUAAGCAAGACAAGUUCUCAAGAACAAUAACUAAGUAGGAUUUAAAUCUGUGCAUGGUGGGAAUACGAUUUGGAAAAGUUUGCGGUAACACCAUGUAAUGAAUAACCAAAAUAUGUAACACUCACAUGGUGUUAUCGGAAACAAGACAUAUUGAUACCUCAACAAGCAAUGCAUCAAAAGUUGCAUCGAUACAAGCUCAUCACAGUUAAGCCUUUUUGUUUUUGCAAACUACUAUUUACGAAGAAGCCAAAGUUCUACACUCGGUAAAAAAAUAAUGAUAUGAAAACAACUCAGCUAGCGAUGAGCCCACUUCGAUCGGGCUUUUUAAAACACACACAGUAUAUGACGAAGUUCAUGAUCAAAGCAGAGCGGGGGAAAAAGACAAUAAUACCCCGCAGGAAAUUUCACAACGAUCUCACAGCCGUGCAGAAAAUUAUCAGGUAAAGGUGUCCGACAUUAGGUAGCUUAUUUUCUCUCCAUAGGUAAAUAUUUACCCCCAGCUAGGGUUCUUCUUUGUAGCAAAAAAAAACACGAGGAGAGUAGUAUACAAAGCUUAAUUCAAUUAUGUAUGUUCAUGACUGUGUGAAAAGUGAUACUCAAUAUGCAUAUCGGGCUACUUUCCAGGGGAAAAUAACCAAUCAACUUGAAAGCUUUGCUCUCCAGAUGAUCAUCUGCCUUAAAAAGAUGUCACAAAAGGAUGACACAACAGGGGUCUGUAUAUUGGGAUAGUAUAUUUGCUAAAGGUAAUCAUUUUAUACGGGUUUGGGUAUAUUAAUGUUAGUUCGGUUUUUUUGUUUGUUUUUUUUUUUUUUAUUGUUAGUUUGGACAAUAUUGCAAAUGCUAGGAAAUUGUGCAAGCCUUUGUUUUAUUUAAGUAUUUAAAGUUAUUCUUUAUCGGUUUUAAAUUUCCUUAAUGCGAAAAUUCCAUCAAAAUGAUAAUAUGGUAAGGUUGACCAAAUAGGGCACGGAACGAAGAAGAUUGGCGUUGUUUGUUUAUGCACAAUGGCCGAGGCAAUUUACAGGCUGCCAGGUGUCUAGGAAGUCGCCCAGAGAAGAGCGGCAGUAAAGUGUAUCAUUUCAUCUUUUACUUUGAGAUUUCUAUUAAAUUUGUGUAAACAAAAACA